AUGGACGCAUCCUUGGAUAAACUAUUUGGUGAUUUAAGAAACGCUACAAAUGUUUCAAAAGGAGACAGUAUUGGCAAGACUACAGCACAUGGUGUUGAUUUGAUUUCUGGGAAUGGUGAUGUUUUACAACUGGAGAACAGCGAGGAUAAUGACAAGAAAUUUGCAGAAAUAGAACGUAGUUUGAAGAAUUUACCUAAAUUGCAAAAUGAAUUUGAUAGACUGAUUCAUGGUGAUGGUAAUAAUAGUGAAAACAAAUCCAAAGGAUUAGAGGCAAUGAAGAUCGAUUCUGUUUCGAAACCUUCCCAAGUGAGCAGUAAAGAAUGGUUCACCAUUCCAAAGAUGGGCGAUAGAAAACGUCAAGAAGUUCAAAGAGAUUUAUUACUUUUGAAGCAUCGUGCUGCUUUAGAUCCAAAAAGGCACUAUAAGAAAGAUCGUUGGAAAGUUCCAGAUAGAUUUUCUGUCGGCACUAUUAUAGAGGGCAACACAGAGUUCUAUAGUUCAAGAUUGACUAAAAAACAACGUAAAUCGACAAUGUUGGAAACUCUGAUGGCAGACGACGAUACCAAUAAAUACUUUAAAAGAAAAUAUAAUGAAAUUCAAACUCAAAAGACCAGUGGUAAAAAAGGGCAUUAUAAGAAAACUAAACAAUUGAGACACCGUAAAUAA